AGGAACGGAGGUCUAAUGUCAAGGGCUCAAGCCACAACCGUGGAAGAAUCCAUGACGCUAUGGGAUGUCUUACACCACAUACUUCCUAUCAGAAAGACGGUAAAAAUGUCGGACACAGAUCAUAGAGCAGCUGACAGCAGUGAAGACGAGGAUUAUGUACCAGAGCAGGAUAGCAAUGAAGAGCAUAGUGGAGAUGAAGAUAAUAAAAAGUACAAAGUGAAAAAGAGUGCAAACAAAAGAUCAGGACAGUGUGAGUUAGAUGAUGUGGAUGAUGGUAAAGGUGAAGAGCAAGAAAUGUCUUUUAAACAACAAGAGGAAGCUGUCAAGAAAAGGAAACAGGAAGAUAUGUGGGCUACUUUUAAAAGGGAUGCUGGAAGUGUACCAUCAAAAUCUUCAAAGCCAUCUGGAAGCUCAGACCAAAAAGUGUCUAUCACAAGAAUGUAUGAUUUUGCUGGUGAAGCUGUAGUAGUCACCAAGACUGUAGAUGCCAAUUCCACUGAAGCAAAAAAUAUUAAGAAAGACGAAGUCAAGAAAACAGAAUCUCAUGUGAAACCUGCUGUCAGAGAUCUGGGUUCUCUUGGAUUCAAGAGAAAAGGAGGUCUUACCAGUGUACUGGGUCAAAUUUCAAAGAAGCCAAAAAUGAGUACUCUGGAAAAGUCAAAGCUGGAUUGGGAAACAUUUAAAGAUCAGGAAGGAAUUCACCAGGAGCUUCAGAAUUAUAACAAAGACGGAUAUUUAGAGAAGCAAGCAUUUCUUCAAAGAACUGAUGAAAGGCAGUUUGAAAGAGAAAGAGAUAUGAGACAGGGAAAGAGAAAAACUUGAUCACCACUGUAGCCAUUUAUGUACUGUGGAACAUGUCAUGACCUAUUGUAGUAAGCAAAGCAGUGUGCUCUUCUUACAAAACACUGAGGUAGCUUUGGCACCCACGUUGUGGCUGCGUGAAGGAGUUAACAAGUUUGUCAUGGAGAAAGACAAGGCACAGAAAGCUGGCGAUCAAAAAACUUUAUCAUAGCUUGUUUCUUGCUGUGUUAAACUGUAACAUAAGCAUUUGAAAGGCAAUGAAUGUAGUAUUAUUCCUAAGAAAUCCAUGGAACACAAAAUGUCUGUGUGAACUGAUAGAUACUGCCAUACACUGGUUAACUUUUAACAACUUGUAUUAGUUUGGUACUGAACCAUUUUAUGCUGAUUUUACAUUGCUUAUAACUUACAGAGACAUACUUUUGAUAUUUCUAGUACUUGACAGAAAGCUUUGGUAGUGAAGUAAGGUGGAUGAAUAUUAAAAUUAUCUUCUGUUCCCUAUCUCAUUCAUUUUGAAGCUAAUGAUUAUUUCAGCUACUCCUGCAGACAUUCUCCUGUAAAAUGUCUGAAACAGCACCUUGACUUUUAUGAGGAAACUUAAAUUUAAAAGAUAAGCAGUGACUGGCUUUAAAAAAUCUCUUUCUGUGUGUAAACUGUCUCUGAGUGAUGCCAAAACAGGGAGAAAUCUGGAAGCAGGCAGUAACUAAGAAACUGAUCAAAGCUCCCUUCCAAAGUUUAUUGAUGGAGAAAAUGAUGACUUGACUCAAAAAGAGUGGUAAAAGUCAAAUCUUCUUUCUCUGUUAGGACAGAAGGAUCUUGAAAGACUGAAAUGUGAGAGAUUUUAAAUCUUUCACACAUAUCUUAGUAUGUAGCUUGUUUAACCCUCUGUUGAUGACUGAGCACAUUAAGAGAAAUUGAAUUAAAGCAGUAAACCUCUCAUACUCCAAGUCAAAUGAAUUUUGGUCUUGGGUCUGAAGAGUUGAAAACAUUUUCUCUCUGAGAUUUUUGUCCCCCUCAAAACCCUCUGUUUAGAAGUAAGCACAGUACUAGAGAGGUUAAAAAUGACAAGAUGUUGGUGAAAGUUUAAACAACAAGUGGUAUUGUCUAAGCACCCUUUUUUAGUAUCUCAAUUUAAAAGCUGUGUAAGUAACAAAUCCAAUGUGAUUGAAACUACACCCUAAAAUUAACAGACUGAGUUUACAAGUGUUUGACCUUCAUUCGCCCUUUCUUUAUUGGAUAAUUAGCAAAAUGCAAGCAUGUAUCACGUUUCAGUGUAUUACACUUGGAUGCCAAAAGGGAAAAAUAAAUGGAGACAAAAUUUUCCAACUCUUGAGAAGUUGUAGACUAAAGUGAAAAAAAUAUCAGAAAUUAUUUUUACAUUUCCCAUUCAAACUUCCUCAUAAAGCUUUCUUCAGUACAGGCUCUACGACCUUUCAAGUGAUCCAUCAAGCCACCAUGAAAACACACACUAUGGGCUGGCUGCCAUUAUUGGCUUCGUCGUAAGCCAGUGGAUUGAGUGACUAACAAUCAUUUUUAACAUGCAUAAAAUACUCCUGACAAUUUGAAGCUAUUUUUUGUUAAAAAAAAAAA